UAAUCUCGCGUUACAUUUAACAAUAAAUAGUUCCCGCGGCGCGUGCGUUGUACUGGCCGGUCGUCACUCAACAACGCACGGCUGCGGCGAUUGCUCGCGUUCGUAAUUUGAAUAUAAUUUUUUUUCGAUUUUUUCAAUUUACGUAUAAUUUUUUGUUCAUCUAUAAAAGUGAUAGUGCCCACUGUGUCAAAAUGUUUAGGUUCCUGGUACCGCUCGCACUCCUAGCGACAGCAUCAUCAGUGCACAUACUAUCAGCCUCCCCCCGCUACAAAUCCGCAGCAUCGGACUCGCAAAUCAAAUUUGCCGUCGAGAACAAAUACGACGACACCGGCCCAGGAGCCAAACAACCCGAAUACGCCUACAACACCUACUCUAACCUUGAAGAUGCCCUGGUAGGCUACCUUAACGAUCCAGACACUAAACUGCCCGACUUUGAACGGGAGAAAGCAAUUGAAAGGCUAACAAACCCCAAACCAUUCUAUCCUGGAGAGCCGAUUGAGAGGUUCCUUCCGAAGACUGUGGAAGAAUACACAGGGUAUAACAAGCAGCAUGAAUCCAGACCCGCGUAUGUGGAGAAGAAGGUGCCAUUGUACUACCCUGAGAGUGAGCCAAGGCCAGGUCUCUCCGCGUAUGAGGACAACGGUUUGAGCCUGUUUAACAAGCUGGAUAAGAAACCCUCAGAGCCGUACAGGCUGCAUAAGAUCCAGGCCGUGAAGGGGAGUCCGUUGAGCGUCGCGCACUACACCAGAGACCCUGACUACGAGCCUCGUGACGAGUUCAGCCACCCGAAGUAUUCCUACUCGUAUGGCGUUCAUGAUAAAGACACGGGCGACUCCAAGUCAGCUCACGAGAGGCGUGAGGGCGACACCGUGCAUGGUUUCUACAGCUUCAUCGACGCGGACGGCAAGCAGCGCGUGGUGCACUACACCGCCGACGAGCACCAGGGCUUCCGAGCCACCGUCCAGCGAACCUCGCACCAUUAACCUUAGUGAACCCAUCUCGCCCGGUGUUCUUCGGAAACGAAGAUAUCAACGGGCCCUUAGCAUAAAACCUUCAUACUUCAUUUUGUAAAUACCACUGAGCGUACCUCAUUUUUCUACAGAAACUAUUUAUAUUAAAAUAAUUAAUAAAAUUUA